AUGUCUCUUUUGGUUGCACAUUGAAACCUUUUCUAUAUAUAUAUAUAUAUAUAUAUAUAUAUAUAUAUAUAUAUAUAUAUAUAUAUAUAUAUAUAUAUAUAUAUAUAUAUAUAUAUAUAUAUAUAUAUAUAUAUAUAUAUAUAUAUAUAUAUAUAUAUGCAAGUAUAAGGUUGUUAAUAAGUAAGGUAAAAUAGUAUAAGUAUAAGGAAGGUGUAAUAGUAAGGUAUGUUUUUGUUUUGAUAAUUCUGUAAGUUCUCUACUGCCUGACGUAUAUCAUGCUUGAUCUUUUAGAAAUACAAUUCUUGUUUUAUUGUCGUAAUUACUAGAGGAAAUCAGGACGUCAUUCAGCGAGAAUUAAAAGAUUUUCUUGACAACAACCGUUUCACCGAGAAAGAAAUAGUCAAGGAGACUGGUCUGACAAUAGUUGAUGCGUCCCGAUUUUUACUGGAUGCUUGGCACACGAAGGAAGAAAAACGAGAAAUAUUCUUCAAGUGGUAUAUACAGAAGAAACUAAGUAGCACAGGUUAGCUUAUCCUAAUUUAAACAUGCAAAUCUUAUAUAAUUAUUAGUAGUAUAAGUAUAAUUUGGUAUACUUCUACGCAUGAAAGGCAAUUGAACCCUCUAUAGGCCACCUGAGAGCAAGUGAUGGAGAUAAUUUGAGUUUAUGAAUCCGUAUUGCUCCAUGCAUGAGCAACAUUUCUGAGAUAUUUGAACAAGCCGUGGUCUUCGUUCACAAGUUGACGUCCAAGGAUAUGAUUUCGAUGAACAAUUGCCCAAAAGGAUUUGAUAAAUUGAGAUUUUUUGACGUUCUCUGAUUUAAAAUAUAUAGCUUUCGACUGCCAGACUGCAUAAGUCCAAAGUCUGCAACGGGUGUUGAGAUAAGUUACGAUAACAGUUUACAAUAUCACAGAGUGACAUUUCUGCCUGCACAUGCAUAUGAUUAAUGACUAACUAAAGUUGUAAGUAGAUAUUUUUAAAAACCACCAAAGCUUCGCAAAACGUUUUAAAGUGUUCUUUAUAAAACUAAACUACCUUUAAUCCUGGAGCCGACGGCGCGAAGCGCCGUGGAGGGUACUAAUUCCCCCCGGCUAUUUACACUCGGGGAAACGAAAGCAUUAGCGAAGUCUAAAGUUCAUCAAUUAUCGCGGGCGUGGGUCACCAACGAUGGGUAGUCAUCCUCACUGAUCUCAAAAAUAUGGCGGACUGUCAUGAAUAGCGGACACUGAUUGGUCCAAUUUAAAGUUUGCAUUAUAACGACUGCAUGACGACAGUGAAAUAGCAAACAUUUUUUCAUUUCUUGAUUUGAUGAUUGAUAAAUUUCUUGCAAAUACAUUUCAUUUUUGCUCGCAUUUUGGCAAGAUUUUGUAAAUUUCAAAAGGUUUCUCAGAAAGAAAGGGCGAAAGAAUCGGCUAAAAGAAAGGAGCCGACGUUGACGAAGGUAAGUUUGUUUUAAAUAUUGAUUUAUAAUGACUUUAAAACCCGACGGCAUUUGCGUAUAUGAAACAACUAUUACAAGACAGCAUAUAAUUUCAGUGUAUCUUUAAUAAUAUUGAUUCCCUUUUUUAUUAUAUUGAAUUUUUUAAAUAAAAAAGAAAGCAAAGUCAUUUACAAGCGAGAAUUUGAAAUCAUUUUAUUGCAAACUCAAAGUUCAUCGAUAAAGCCAUUUAAUAAAGCCCUAAAGGCAGUUUAUUUUGCGAAGCGUUUGUGGUUGAAUUUUACCUUAAAUUGAAGCUGAUAUUACGUAUAAUAACAUACGUAACAUAUAUAUGUUGGGAAAUUGAUAAUUUUGUAAUUAAAAGUGACAUUUUUAGGCGACUUUUUAUUUGUAAGAAUAUUGUUAAAAAUUAUCGUGUUACCAUCACAACUAUAUACUUUAGAUACUUCAUGUUUGGAAAAUACAAUGGUUUUGUCAGCAAGGCGAGGGUUUCUCCAUGCAUGUAUUUUCUAGUUAACUGAUGGCUUUUUCGAUAAACUUUGAGUUUGCAAUAAAAUGAUUUCAAAUUCUCGCAUGCAAAUAACUUUGCUUUCUUUUUUAUUUAAAAAAUUGAAUAUAAUAAAAAAUGGAAUCAAUAUUAAAGAUACACUGAAAUUAUAUGCUGUCUUGUUUAGUUGUUUCAUAUACGCAAAGGCCGUCGGCGUCGGGUUUUAAAGCAAUUAUAAAAUCAAUAUUUAAAACAUACUUACCUUCGUUAACAUCGGCUCCCUUCUUUUAGCCGAUUCUUUCGCCCUUUCUUUCUUGAAAUUUACAAACUUGCAAAAAUGCAAGCAAAAAUUGGAAUAUUUUUGCAAGAAAUUUAUCAAUCAUCAAAUCAAGAAAUGUUUGCUAUUUCGCUGUCGUCAUGCAGUCGUUAUAAUGCAAACUUUAAAUUGGACCAAUCACAGUGUUCGCUAUUCAUGACAGUCCGCCAUAUUUUUGAGAUCAGUGAGGAUGACCACCCACGCACAGUGAGCCACGCCCGCGAUCAUUGGUGAACUUUAGCCGCCGGCUCGUAUGAUAAAUGGAGCUCAUGCUGCAACGUGGAGCUCAUGCUGCAAUUCAACAUUAAUUUAACUUAACUUUCACAUUUGGUUUUACAGACAGCGAAAGUUUUACGUGUUAUAAAUGUGGCAAAAUCUUUGCCUAUGAAAGUUAUCUGGAGCGCCAUGUAAAGUAUGUUUGCCCGGACAAGACGGGACGAACGUGGAAAUGUACCUAUUGUGUGAAGGCAUUUCAGUAUCCUUGUUAUCUGAGAAGACACAUGCGCUCACACACAGGUAAAGGUUUAACAGGACUUACAGUCGAUUUCACAUAACUUUUCCGGCUUAAUGUUGCGAACUUUGUUCCCAACUUCGUUGUGAAGUUCACAAGUUCAUAUUGAAAUUCACAAGCUGGAUUGUAAACAAAGCCUCUGAUUGGCCCCUGAACUAAAAGAAGCCAAUCAAAUGCAUUGUUUACAAACGGUUUGUGAAUAUGAUUAUGAACUUUUGAACUUCGCAACGAACUUUGCAACAUUUAGGGAAAAGUUAUGUGAAAUCAACUGUAAUAGGUUCUGUUCGAAGAUUGUAUAUUACAUACUGUUUUGAUGUUAUCUUCAUUGAUUCUCUCUUCAUGUGACUGGCUUUCUAAAUGUAUUAUAAAUUACGCAAAAUCAAUCUGUAUCUUCCUACAAAUCGUCUAGCUAGCGAGUCGUCGCAGGCUGAUGUGACGAAUUUUAACAUUCACCUUUCUUAAUCAUGCAAAUAAUUGUGAAAUCAGUCUGAUGAAUUAAUUUGUAAUUACCAAAUGAAUACUACUUUGUUCUACAACCACAACCACAAGUCAAUUUACACUUGCAACUGCGUAUCAAUUGCGCAUCCUCUCAACAAAGAUCCGUAAAAAAUAGAAUAGAUUAAUAAUUAUAAAUUCCAAAUCCCAAUCCCAAUAAUUCAGCUAUUUAAAGAUAUAACACUCUGUAUUCGUUGCUUAAUUAAAACUCCCGAUGCGAAUAAUCUAUAAUCCCCUAAUAUAGGGCCUCAUUCUUUUGCAGGUGAAAGUCCAUAUAAAUGCACGCAGUGUUCACGUGCGUUUGUCCGUUCUACGGAUCUUCAACGUCACCUACGCAACCAUACUGGCGAGAAACCAUACAAGUGUGCAGAGUGUCUGAGGGCUUUUGCUCGGUCCACUGAUCUCAAACGACAUUUCAGAACACAUACUGGAGAAAAACCUUAUAAAUGCUGGCAUUGUUCCAAGGCAUUCUCCCAAUCUGGUUCCCUACAGACACAUUUACAUACACACUACAAAGAAGCAUUGCAGAAGAAAGAUAUGGUCGCCGCAGAACGACUCAAGAACAGCAUCAGGAAGAAGUUGAUUAAUAAGGUGGUAACAAGUAGUGCGUCGUAGUUAUUUGAGACAAUGUAAGCGAAAUGCAUGCGUCUACGGUCUUAUACUGAGUGGAUCUGUUUAUUAAUUAAUCUAGUCAAAUUUGAAGAUCGGUGAAAAAACACAUGGCCAAGGCCAAGCAUGGAGUGCUUAAGCCGUGUUCAAACAAACCAAUGUACAGAAAGUGCAAUUGCCUUGGCUGAAAAUCCUCGUGAUCGGUGAUUUAUUUGUGAAAUCAUACGAUUAUACUGUAUUAUCUUCCGAUGGUGGUCAUUACCUGUUCUGGUUCUGUUGUGGACGAGAUCUUAUAAAACUUAUCCUUUCAGUUAAUUUUGGACUAAAGGGACACUUACUACUGCGGUGGUCCAUGCAUGACUCAUGUAUUUAUAUUAAUCUUAAUUUAUACGAUGACAAAAAGUUCCAAGAGGUGCUAAGUAAAUUUUGAUCGAUGCAACAUUGUCAUAUUAUAUCCAUGUGAUCCACAGAAUGAAUAAAAAUUAAAAGUCUUAUAAAAUGGAAAUAGGAGGAGAAAGUAUGCAUAUUUGUUUUAUGCUCGGUGAAAAAUUUAUUCAUUAAUUAAAUGGAAACUUUAUUUCAACUUUUUAAAAUUGUAAAUAAGUAUAAUUCAAUAUGUACAUAUGUAAUUAAAAUAUAAUAAAUACGCAGAAAGACGGUAGAAUAAUUUCUGCAUGAAUAGCAUUUAACUGAGUAUAAGCGCAUAUUUUUGAAAUGUAAAUAUCCUUAUACACGAACUUACGGUAUACUUUCAUGGUAAUUUCCUUACUAGAUUGUUCAAAUACAAAUUAAACAUUUUUUUCAUCUUAUCACUGUGUAUAUAUUUAUAUCAUGGUGAAAUAAAAAGAAUUAUCAGUUCGAAGGUUCCAAACAAAACCUUACGAACACCAAAACGUAAACUGCAUGAAUAUGUUUGGUAUUUAUUGUGCAAUAUGGUAUAUGGGAUUCUACAGGCAAGUAACAUUGUAUAAUUAUUACAUAAUUGAAUUAAAGGGUUUGAGAUGUAUUAUUUCUAUAACAUAAAAAGAG